AUGAAUCCGUACGUGAGCUGGGCCAUCAUCCUGGUGGUCACCGGGAGCCUGGGCUACUAUUACUCCAACACAGGCAAACCACGGGGCCGGACACCGGUUCGCGCGGUCCCUGAGAAAGUGGAAGCUCCUGCGCCAGCGCCCAAGCAGAAGAAACCCAAGCCUCGCAAGUCUCCCGAGCCUGCGAGUGCAGCGCCGCAACAAAAGGCAUCGUCGCCAGCUCCUCCGGUCUACACCGCCGACGAUGAGGAGGACGUUGACACUAGAGAUUUCGCCAAGCGACUGGCUGCGGCAAGAACUGGAGUCGCGGUAGGCGAUGCCAAAGCCAAGCCUCACAAGGAGAAGCGCUCCAAGGCUGUGCCUACUGCUGCUGCUGUUGCUGCUGCCGCUCCUGUCGAAAGCGCUGCGUCUAGCAACGGUGCUGAUGCCGACGACGACCUGUCCUCGACUGAAAAUGUCGCCGUGUCGUCCACCGAUGUUUCCGACAUGCUCGAAAAGCCCGCGCCCGGUGCUUCUGUGCUCCGCCUGACCGGCUCAGUGGAGAGCAAGGAGAAGAAGCAAAAGGCUCAGGUCUUCAAGCCCGUCGAGACCAAGAAGCAGCGCCAGAACAGACAGAAGAACGAGGCCCGCAAGCAGAUCAACCAGGAAGCUGAGGCCGAGCGCCGCCAGCUCUUGGAGAAGCAGCUCCACACUGCCCGCCAAAGCGAGCGCCAGGAGGCCGCCCGUCAGAAGCCGGCUGCCGCGCCUCAGUCGAACGCGUGGAGCAGUGCCAGCAAGACGAACGGUUCCCCCGCCGCUGCGCCUGUCGCUGCCGCUCCGGCUGCCAGCAACGGUACUCUUCUCGAUACCUUUGAGCCCGCAGCUCCCGCCAGCAGCUCCAAGCCCGCGGGCACUUGGACCAACAACCUACCGCCCGAGGAGGAACAGAUGCGCAUUCUCGGUGUCUCGCAGCCCGACGAGGAUUGGACCACGGUCCCGUCCAAGAAGGAGAAGGCCAAGAAGAAGGCCAAGGCCGACGAAAGCGCCAACGAGGCCAGCGCUUCAGAAGCGCCCGCCGUGGUGGCCGAGAGCAAGCCGAUUGAAGCAGCGCUCCCACCUGUGGCCCAGGUGCCCAUUCCACGCGGAAAGAACCACCCUCUGGACUCGGACUGGGCUGCCUGA